ACGAUGGGUGCGGAGGACGGAGACACUGAGCCGCUCGCACCCGGGGCCCGGCUGCGCGGAGACCAGGGCGGCUGCCCGCAGGAGGCCCGCAAGCAGUGGCCUCUGCUGAGCUGGACGGGCUGCUCACAAGGCACCAGGGCCUGCCCCUCCCCCAGGCUGGCACCCACAGGGGCACUACAUGGUCCCAGGAAACAGCACCCAUCCACACACUACCAACCCCUCACUCCUGGGACAGGUCCCGUCCUGGCGGUGCCGGCUGCUGAGCAAGGGAAGAAGUUCUUCUACUGUGAGCCCCAUAAGCGGAUCAAGGAGGUGCUGGAGGAAGAGCUGUAUAUGAAGAGAGAUGAGUGUCACAUCAGAAGCCCACCUGCAGCGGUGCUGGAAGGGAUCUGGAGCAUCCAGAGGAACCUCCCCAUGGGGAGCCUGAAGCAGGGCCUGCCCAGCAGGAACAGCUCACUGCCACACGCCAAGUACUACUCGAGGCACGGAGGGCUGAGACGAUAAGAUGCAUCAGCUUUCCACUAAGAAGAAACCUCCCUGUUGGAGUCUAAAGAAGAAAAAAAAAAAAAACAGAAGAAACCCAUCUGAGUCACAUUGUUCUGUGGUUCAUACCACUGCUUUUAAAUCCUAUCUCUAAAUUAAUUCAUGAAAACUACUAGUAAGGUGUGCUAAGCACCUUUAAACAAUGAAGGAAAACACUACAUUUAUUUUUAAAUAAAUUUAUUGUCACAUUUGGUCUA